AUUGCACGAUCUCACAGAUCAUUAUGCCCCACUGAAAAAUUUCGAUGAAACUGGAUGUACUUGGGGGCAUGCAGACUUGUUAAGAGCUGAAUAUUGAUCUUUUGCUUCCUCAGAUCGUCAAAUGAAAGGGGGCUCAGGCCUGCCUGUGUUGCUUGGAGUGCUGCUAAUUGCGACGCGUACUGUCAAAAGUAUCAACCUUGAUGUAUCUGGGGAAGAGAUUGCCUCACAGCUUUUACAUCUGGCGACUUUCACCGACGAUCCAAACCCUGCGGUGACACGGAUCGUCUUCACGGAGAAUGAUCUGCUUGCUCGAGGGUAUGUGAAGGAGCUUAUGACAGCCGCUGGCCUGACAAUUCGUGAGGACCCCAUGGGAAACAUCUUUGGCCGCUGGGAGGGCAGCGAUCCUGACGCAGGCGCGGUGAUGUCAGGGUCGCACGCCGAUGCGAUCCCCCUGGCGGGGGCGUACGACGGAACCCUGGGGGUCAUCGGCCCGAUAGCGGCGGUGGCGGCUCUGCGCAAAGCCGGCUUCCAGCCACGCGCGCCGAUCGACGUGCUCAUGUUCACCAGCGAGGAGCCCACGCGCUUCGGCCUUGGCUGCAUCGGCAGCCGGGGCAUGGCAGGGGAGCUGACGGCGGCGCUCCUGGAUGAGAAGCUGGAUGUGAAUGGGACGUCCUUCCUGGAGGCCAGCACUGCGGCAGGCUACGGCGGCAGCACCCACCAGAUCCUGGACGGCACCCUGGUCAAGGAGGGGGCAGUCAAAGCAUUCGUGGAGCUGCACAUUGAGCAGGGGCCGCUGCUGGAGGCGGAGGGAACGCAGCUCGGGAUCGUGACGGCCAUCGCGGCUCCUGCUGCGCUGCGCGUGUUCUUCUCGGGAGACGGCGGCCACGCGGGCGCGCUGCUCAUGCCCUACAGGAAUGAUGCGGGCCUGGCGGCUGCUGAGGUGGCGCUGGCCGUGGAGGCAUCGGUGCUGGAAACCGGCGCCAUCGACGCCGUCGGCACCACCGGGCUGUUUGAGAUCGGCCCCAACACCGUGAACAGCGUGCCGCGCGAGGCCAAGCUGGAAAUCGACAUCCGCGAUAUCGACGCCGCGCGCCGUGACGCCAUCGUGGCAUCUGUCCUCAAGACAGUGGAGGAGGUGGCUGCCAGGCGCAAGGUGAGGCACCGAGUGGAGAUGAUCAACCAGGACGCUCCUGCCACCUGCAGCGACCAGGUUAUUAGUGCAGCCGCAGAGGCGGCAGAGGAGCUGGGAGUGAGCCACAAGCGAAUGGUCAGCCGAGCAUACCACGACUCCCUUUUCAUGGCGCGCUUCGCCCCCACCGGCAUGAUCUUCAUCCCCUGCCGCAACGGCUGGAGCCACCGUCCCGACGAGUUCGCGACCCCUGGGGACAUUGAAAGGGGCAUCAAAGCGCUGGCGCUGACCCUUGCCAAGCUCGCCGGCAGCGCCAACGCUGUGCACUCUGAGCUGUAAAUUUAAUGCCCUUAAUGUCCUAGGUUAUUGACCCCUUAAAAAGACUGGUCAGCAGAAUUCUAUGAGAAUUAAUACUUUUCCUACUGUACCAUCGACGCAGCCGCCGCGCAUUCCCAGCUCUGAUGACUAAUUAACCUCGGAGACCAGUGACAGGGGAAGGAAAAAGAUUAUUUAUUCAGUCCUACGUGGGAGGGGGUAUUAAAGAGUACUUGAUGAUCUUUUGACAUCCCCUUCGAGGGUGUUAUGGUGAUGUUGGGCUCGUAAAGGUGACAGACCCCUGACUGUCUGGUGAUUUCAAUUCAGCUGCUCACACAUUAGAUCUACAUCUAGAACACUGCCAUUUGGGAAGUGCUACAGACAUCAGCCCUAGUAAGCCUACUGCAGUUGCCAGCUGGGGAACACCGUCAAGUUGACCAAUAAGGGUCACACCCUUUUUUAUGCUGUCUCAUGAUGCAGCGCGCCAUUGCAUGCAAGUCAUUGUUUCUGGUCAAAAUGGUUCCUGACAUGCAGGAAGUUGAUAAUAUUAUUGAUUAAUCCAACAUUGUUAAAUAAGUGCUGUU